AUGGAAGUUCCUUAUCACAAUUUUACUGACAUUAUGAUACCGGAGAAUAUCCACCAAACCCUAAUAAAGGGGCCAAAGUUUAUACCUUUUCCUAACCAAAAUUAUUCACAACUGAUACCUCCUAUUAUUGCAGCCAUAAAGAGCACAAAAAGUCCAGAUUUGCAACCUAAAUUAGAUCUUUUUACAUUGACUGCUAUAGCACCAAUGUAUUCCCCUAAAACCAAAAGGGCAAAUAUGAAGACUCCAAAAAUGGUAAAAUCUUUUCUUGAAUCGAAUAACUUAAAACUGUUAGUAGCAGACAAAGACAAAUGUUUUGUUCUGUGCACAAACAAAGAUUUUCUCAAUAGAGCUAAUGAGUUCCUCAAACAUUCCAGAUCCAUAGUACUAAAACAAGAUCUUACUUCUACUGUGUUAAGAAAAGUGCACAAAGUUAUUGCAUUACCAGGAAUUGUAGAAUCUUUAGCUGGUCCUCUCAAUCCUCCAUCAAAUGUCGCAUGCCCCAGAUUAUUUUUUGAGGCCAAAACCCAUAAACCAUCAUGGCCACUAAGACCAUUGGUCAACAAAUGUUCCCAUCCCACGUAUCAUCUUGAAGCUGUGCUAGCAAAACAUAUCACAUCCUUAAUCCCACGUUCUGAGCUUGUAACUACAGCCUCCAUUGAAGCCAAAUGUACCAUCUUACAAAAAUUAGGAAACUUCCCCUCUAAUUCCUACUGA